AUGACCAACAUCUCCACGGUGAGGGAAUUCCUUCUGCUGGGAUUCUCGGAGUUCUGGGAACUGCAGCUGGUCCAUGCUGCACUGUUCCUCCUGGUCUACCUGGCGGCCCUGAUGGGGAAUCUCCUCAUCGUCGUCGUCACCACCCUCGACCGGCGACUCCACACCCCAAUGUACUUCUUCCUCAGGAACCUGUCCUUCCUUGACCUCUGCUACAUUUCUGUCACCGUCCCCAAAUCCAUCCACAACUCCCUGACCGGCCGUAGAUCCAUCUCCCUCUUGGGCUGUGCCGCCCAGUUAUUCUUUGUGAUCUGGUUUGCCGGAACAGAGCUGUUGAUCCUCAUGGCCAUGUCCUAUGACCGUUACGCCGCCAUCUGCCGUCCCCUGAGCUAUGAGGUCGUCAUGGCUCGAGGGGCCUGCGGGAAGAUGGCCGCUACCUCGUGGCUCAGUGGGGGCCUGAUUGGAGCCUUGUUUUCAGCUUUGACCUUCUCCCUGUCCUUCUGUGGGUCCAAAAUUGUCCAGCAGUUUUUCUGUGACGUCCCCUCCCUGCUGAUGAUCACCUGCUCCGAGGACCAUGUCGCCGUCAACGUGAGCAUCACCUCCGGGGUAGCAUUCGCUGUCGUCUGCUUCAUUCUCAUCAUUGUCUCUUAUGUGCGCAUCUUCCGGGCUGUGCUGAGUAUGCCGGCUACCGAGAGCCGGGCCAAAGCCUUUUCCACCUGCCUGCCCCACCUCGCCGUUUUCAAUGUCUUCUUUUCCACGGCCAUCUUCUCCUACCUAAAGCCCAUGUCAGACUCCCCCUCGACUCUGGACCUGCUGGUGUCCGUGUUCUACACCGUGGUACCCCCCACCUUGAACCCCCUCAUCUACAGCCUGAGGAACCGGGACAUGAAGGCUGCCCUGGGGAAAGUUCUAAAUAGAAAUCUCCUGUGGAGCACAGGUGCAGAAUGUUUUGUCCUCACGGGGAUGUCCUGUGACUGCUAUGCCACCAUCUACCUCCCCCUAUGCUACGAGGUCGACAUGAACAAAGUGGCCUUACUGGAUCUGGUGGAGUCCGUGUUCUACGCCGUGGUGCCCCUGCUCUGA